UAACAGUGACGUCACACGCACGAGGAGUGUGUGUCCGGGCAAAUCUCCCCAGUGCGCAGACUCACACACUCACACCCCCAUAACACUCACUUCUUCACCUCAAGUAACUAUAUAGGACUGCGCAGCUGGAAUAAAACAGGUGGACGGGGCUUGACGGCAAAAUGUGUGGAAGGACCGCGUGUACACUGGCUCCUGACGAGGUGAGCCGGGCCUGCUUGUACAGAAACCGGGGCGGGCAGCGGAGACAACCCGGUUGGAGGGACGGAGAUGCGGAUAAAUACCGACCCUCGUACAACAAGAGUCCCCAGUCCAUGAGUCCCGUGCUGCUGUCACACAGACAUUUUGACAAGAAUGCUCCUGCAGAUGAGUGUGUGUUAGCCGCCAUGCGUUGGGGCCUGGUACCUUCCUGGUUUAAAGAGGACGACCCGAGCAAGAUGCAGUACAGCACCAACAACUGCCGCAGUGAGAACAUCCUGCAGAAGAAGUCCUACAAGGAUCCAAUGUUGAAAGGACAGCGCUGUGUCAUCCUGGCUGACGGCUUCUACGAAUGGAAGCGGAAGGAGAAAACCAAGCAGCCCAUCUUCAUCUACUUCCCUCAGACUCAGAGGUCCGCUCAGGAGGAGAAAGAUGACAGCCUUGUCAAAACGUCGGGUUUGAACGCAGAGGCAGAAGAGUGGACAGGGUGGAGGCUGCUUACCAUGGCGGGACUUUUUGACUGCUGGACACCUCCCGCUGGCGGGGAGCCUCUCUACACGUACAGCGUCAUCACUGUCAACGCUUCGCCAAACCUGCAGAGCAUCCAUGAUAGGAUGCCGGCCAUCUUGGCGGGAGAGGAGGAAGUGAGGAGAUGGCUUGACUUCGGGGAGGUGAAGUCUUUGGAUGCCCUGAAACUGCUCCAGUCUGAAAAUAUUUUGACCUUUCAUCCCGUUUCAUCGCUCGUCAAUAACUCGCGCAACAACUCACCCGAGUGCCUCCAACCCGUGGACCUCAACCAGAAAAAGGAGCCAAAGCAGACAGCCAGCAGCCAGAUGAUGAAGAACUGGCUGGCAGGUGGAUCUUCAAAGAGGAAGGAGUCGGAUGCUUGUGGCGUUGAGGAAGACGGAGGAAAGGAGACACAGGCGGGAGCACUUCAGCAGUGGCUGCAGGGGGCUAAGAAGAAAGCAAAAACACAGUAGAGCACGACCGCUUCAUCUUUCAAUUCUGGUUAAUGUUCAUCCUUGUUUACAUACCGCAUUUUGCUUCAAAUAGAAUUUCAGAGAUAACCGCUUGUUGAAUUUGAGGAUUUAUUACCCUAUUACUUGAAAGGCAAAGACAUUUUUGAAACAUUGCUGCUAUGCAUGUAUUGUAUUAACACCAUGAUGAAUGCCUCUACUUCUACCACUUCAUUGAAAGUUGUGGUUCGUUAGUGAUUGUUUCUAAUCUACAAUGCAUUUCAGUUCGAACAGAAUUCAAGCAGACAAACACCUGAUUGGUUAAAAGAAAAGACAAGCACUUAUAGUUGGCCAAUCACGAGCAACUGGCAGUAAGACGUGGAGAUUUACAUCAUUUUUGUCUUCCCCCCCCCAACACAUGAUUGCAAUUGUACAGUCAAUAAAAAAAAACAGCUUUGCUAAUAA